AUGUCCGGACCAGCCUCCCAUCUGCCUCUGGUGCGUUCGGUGCUGCGGUCGGUGACCUCCAUGUUCUCUGGCGUCAUAGACCGCUACCCGCUGCUGGGUCUGAUGGGGGGCGUGGCAGAGGUGGGAGUUCGCAGCGUCUCUGAGGAAGCGGUGAGACGAGCGUCGCCCCUCCUGAGGAGUCUGCAGCCCCAAAUCGAACUGGCCAACAGUUUAGCUCUUACUGGUCUGGACAGUCUGGAAAGGAACUUCCCCAUCCUGAACCAGUCCACAGAUGAGGUGAUGACUCACUUGAAGGACGCCAUCUUUUUGACUCUGGAUGAUGUCCAGCUUCUUGUGGUGGACGGCCUGGACGGAGCUCUGGAUCAGCUGGAGCGAGCGGCCGACGCGGUUCGGAUGGCCGUACGGCAGCUGCAGGAAUCCCAGGUGGGCCAAGCCGCCACGGCGGGCCUGGACAACAUCCUGAGUCUUCUGGAGGACGCCACCGCCUACUACCUCCCCCUCCCCCCUACACUGCGUGACCAGGCUGAGCCUCCUCCUCGCCUCCCUGCGGGAAUGAAGAGGAGGAGGAUGUGGGAGAUGAGGGUUCAGGAGUACGAAGAUGAAGAUGAUGGUGAUGAGCCCAGCCUUUGGACCAGGGUGCGCAGCCUCCUGCUGACCCUCAGCCUGCAGCUCUACCACCGCAUGAUGAAGGUCAGGGAGCAGCUGCAGAGAUACGCCCGGACACUGGGGGGCGCUGCUGACCAGGUGGGUCUCACUCGGGUCCUAGAGAUAACGGGUCAGCUGCUGCAGUACCUCCAGAACCUGGUGGUGGCGCUGCUGUUCCAGGCAGAGAGUCUCAGAGAGGCCACCGUAAGGGGCGCGGUGGAGCGAGCCGCCAUGCUGGCUGAGCUGGGUCCGAUCCGACAGCUCCGAGAACUGCCGGUCCAGAUCCAGCAGGCGCUCCGAGACCUGCAGGAGCUCUCCAAGGUCCUCCUGCAGUUUGUGAUCAACACCACGCCGCUCUACAACAUGCUGGAACAGUCGACUCCUCAGGAGGUGGAGGACUUCCUGAACAGAGAGGAUUUUUCAGACAGCUCAUCCCGUCGUAGCUCAGCUAGCAACCUCUUCCUAAAGGCCAUGGAUGGCCGCCCACGUCGCCGCCGCAGUCUCUACUCCCACGCCUUUACCGCCGGAGGCCCCCAAAGCCCUGACCCCCCCAACGGCCGCCGCUCCAGCACAAAAGAUUCGUCCAACCCCGAGACGGAUGGCACGGCCCACCCUUCCGAAGGCAACGCCCUCCGGCGACCAUCCGCCACCGAGCUGCUGCUCACGCCGCUCAAACAGUUCGUCGCACAAAGCCAGAAGGCCUUGGAGUACCUGAGCCCCAACUCCAGCGACGGCACCGCCACGAAAACAGACCACCCUUAAACACCCGGUUCGCCGCGACCCGGUCGCAGCGUCCAGACCCGCCUCCUGAUCCGCCGAGGCCUCUCGCUGCAGCCCACGACGGCGAGACGCCUCUGCCUCAGCUGAUGCUGGUCUGUGCGUUCAUGCUGAACCGUAGGGGCGUCACCAAAUUAGCGCUCUGAUGCUGGAAAUCUGCUUUCCUCAAACCGUUGCACAUUUCAGACCAGUCCAAUGUACAGACAGACAGAAUAUUAUAUAGUUUCCUUAGAGAUUAUGACCAAGUUCAUGCUCCUGUUAAAAUGCCACCUUUAUUAGAUAAAGGACCAAAAAUGAUUAAAUAUUAUGAACUCAUUUUGAGAACACAAAGGUUGGAAAGGCCAAUAUCUGGUUGAUUUAGUUCUAUGUUUGGAAUAUGAUGCAGAAAAAUGAAAAUCCCUUUUUAUCCUAAGCUUUCCAGGCAUUAAUAUCAUCAUCCCUGUUCAGGACAUAGAAGAUAUUUAUCUAAACAUUGAAGGUCCCCGAUCAUGACUAUGCCACCGCCGUGUUCUACUAUGUUAAGAUGGUGUUGAAACCAGAAAAUAAAUAAUUCCACAGGUUCUGGAGGAUUUUAACCCAGUCGGGAUGUUUUUCUUUGCUUAAACAAUCCUUCUCAUUGAUGCCGACAUACAGGGAGGGGCGUCACAGGUUGAACAGAAUCAGAGCUCAUCAGAAACCCGUUCAGCCUUUCCUGCCAGUUUCUAUCUUUCUUUAAAAAGAAAAUAUCUCUGUCCGUCUCUCCAACAGUGGAUAAAUAUCUCCUCUUCCCUUUUUAUGACGAGCAGCCCGGAGAGUAGAGUCCUGCAACGGGUCCUCAUUUUAGUGGGUCCCCGACGGGUCACCCGAUAAAAUGCUCUUUUGUCGGUGAAAAAUACAUAAAUAAAAAUAAACAGGUCGGGCGGAUAUUUUUUUAG